AUGACAUCUCUAUUUGAAGCCAAAAAGGCGACUAUACUCCAGCAGCUUGCUGUGCCUGCAGACGACUACAACGAUCUAUCUCCUAAAGGCUCAAUCGACGAAAGCGUCCGAACACUCAUUGACGAAAUUAACGCUCUGGAUGGCCUAGUGACUACGAGUAGUUGCGGAGGUAGAAUCAGUGUCUUCCUAGAAGGUAGAAAGAAGAAUAGACCGCAAGCAGAAGGUGCUAAAAACAACGACCUCUCCCGCGCGACACCGGGAGGUAAAGGUGGCGGCGGUACUUGGCUUUUCGUGUCUCAUGAUCCCAUCGACUUUUCGAAACGUCCUUCUGAAUCUUCUUUUUUCAGCGAAUUUGGGUUGCAGUCUUUAGGGAGCUCGGAUGUCCAGUAUCAUGAGCACGGGCGACGAUACAUUCAUCUAAAGUUUGAGCCAAUGAUCUUGCACUUGUUGACAGCUUCAUUUGAGCAUGCUCAGCGAGUUCUAUCUGCUGCGAACACUGCUGCCUUCCGAGAAAGUGGUGCUAUGGGUUUCACUUCUGUGCAGGGAGAAACGAACCCCAUGGUCGCCGUCCGCUCUGCCGGGUUCUCUUUCGACUCGAUAAUAGGUUACCAAGACUCCAGUGGCUCUAACGUUGCCUUCGUCGGUGAAGAUUAUCUCCGGAUGAUGGUCGGGUUGGCCAAUGAGAGGUUUCAAAUCAACAGUGACCGCAUCCUUAGGUUCCGCAAUGCUCUACAGGGCCAAUAUAGUCAUGCUUCAACGAAUGAUUCUGCUAAAUCGCAGCAUGUGAGAGAGGGAUAUGAAGAUCCUCAUGUCAGACGGCAACGGAAGAGACAAGAAGGUCUUAUUCGCCAGCAGGGCCUCCAUGAUGUAAAGGAUACGGACCGUAAUCAUGAGUCGGACGCUGAUCUUGGCCGGAUGUUUGACUGA